AUGUCAACGGAAGCAUACGUCACGGCCAUAGAGCAAGAAGUAACUUUACGAGUUUUUAUACGAAACCACCAAGCAGUUCAUUUUCCUUCACGAUCAACGAAAGAUUACAAGCAUUUGAAAUUAUAUCACGAUGAAUGGGGAAUCAUUCGGUGCAAAGGUAGAUUAAACAAAGCAGACCUGCCACGUGAGACUCAACAACCAUUUCUAAUCACCUCUAAAAGAGCAUUAGCAGAACUAAUAGUUAUCGAGGAACAUCUCCCAUUCCAUAAUGCAACAAUAAAAACUGUAGCCAAGCCACGUGAAAGAUUAUGGAUGACAAGCAUAAGAAAAAUUGCUAAGAAAGUUAUAACACAGUGCGUACCUUGUCAAAAGAUGAACAGUCUCCCCUACAAAUAUCCGCCGAUGAUCGACCUUCCAGAAAGGAGAGUGGGAAGAUCGCGACCGUUCGAGCAUGUAGGUGUAGACUAUUUCAGAUCACUAACAACGAGAAAUAGUGAAGGAACGACAAAGGUCUACGGCGUCAUCAUCACGUGUGCGACAAUCAGACUACUUCAAUUAGAACUCGUACACAACGUAAAGACAAAUGGUUUCCUGCUAGCUUUAAGACGAUUUUUUGCCAGACGAGGAGUGCCCAAAACUAUCACCUCUGAUAAUGCAUCCAAUUUCCUACUGAGCGAACAAACUCUACAAGAUGAGAUUCUUCCCGUUAUUAACGACGCGUCACUAGCAAACACAAUGGCAACAAGAGAAGUAACAUGGUGGACAAUUUCGCCGUAUGCUCCGUGGCAGGGGGCAUUUUAUGAGCAUUUCAUAAAGUCGGCCAAGUACUCUCUAUGCAAAGUAUUGCAAAGAACGGUCCCAACAACGGAAGAAUUGGAAACCAUCUUAGUAGAAAUAGAAGGAAAUCUCAAUAGUCGACCUCUCACAUACCAAAAAGAAGGCUCCGACAACUUUGUCACCUUGCCGCCAAUAGACUUUAUCCAGCGCGGCAUGAUAAUAACAUAUCCAUUUGAAUUUAGUAGAGAAGAAGAAGACGAUAAAACGUAUCUUCCACCUCAAGAAGCAGCAUUACUGCGCACGCGAAGGUAA